AUGUCUCCAUCAAAUUCAACCAGAUGGUGUCCAACCCCAGAGCAGCUCAUGAUUUUGGAGGAAAUGUAUAGAGGAGGCAUAAGAACACCAAAUGCUUCUCAAAUACAAAGGAUCACGGCCCACCUUUCUUUCUAUGGCAAAAUCGAGGGGAAGAAUGUAUUUUACUGGUUUCAGAACCACAAAGCCAGGGAGAGACAGAAGCUAAGAAGGAAACUGAGCAAGCAACUAUACCAACAACAACUAUUACAGGAGCAGCUGUGCCUCCAUCGAUGCCAUAAUCAAGAAAACAAGUUUCUUAGCUCAAAUGAAUCUCCUCCUCCUGCUCUGCAUCAGCUAUCCCUCGACAAGUCAGCUGAUUAUCUUCAUCCGGGUGGAGUUGGCAGUGCAGCAGCACAUAUGACCAGCUGCACAUGGAAGAGGGAUCCUCCAAACAUGUACGAAUUGCAAAAUACUAGCAUGAUGAGAAGCUAUGGUGAUGAUUGGACGAUGAUGAUGUUGAAGAUGAGAGACGCGGGUCCUACUCAUUAUCCCUCUUGCUGCAGCAGUAAUAGACCCCUGAAAACCCUAGAACUCUUUCCCAUCACAACCCAAAAUGUCAAAGAUCAUCAGGCCACCACUUCCAACCCUAGCCGUAACUCAUACUCGUGA